GGCCCCCAUACGCGAGUGGCCUUUGCUAAUCCCGCAAAUUAAAACCAAAAUUAAAACAUUAAUAGAGAGAGAGAGAGGGAGCGGUCGACAUAUACGAAAUAGUGCUGCCCACUUGCAGCAGCUGAAGCUGUAAAGUUUCACAAAAUCCCAUUAAGAAACAAAACGAAACUCAUUUGGACACUUGAAUUUGCAUUGUUGCCGCUGUUUAUGGCACUUGGACUAUGAAACGACGCAUGCAACUCAUUGCCGUUUGGCUGGGCCUUUUGGCCUCAGCGAGCUAUGCACAAACGCAGAAGGAAUCCUCUGCCAAAUGGUCGCGACAACUGGAAUCUGUUGGCAGCGCUGAUACUGGCGAUGCGCUAGACUGGGUGCCACUAGCACAGCCCCUGGAUGAAAGCGGCAAGGAUCGCUCGGGCAAUGGACGUGUGCUGACCUACUCGCAAUCCUUUCCGCCCAGUGCACGUUUCGGGGAUCUAAGCAAGCCAUUCGAUUAUCCGUAUCAGUUUCAGCGUUUUCCCAAUGCAGCGCCGCUGCGACAUCAGGGACCACCGCCGCCGCUGAAGAGCAGCGCCUCCCAGGAGCCCACCUCACAGUCGUUCUUCAAGUUCGAGAUGCCCUUCCACAAUGAGGCCAAUCAGCCAAAUGCGCCGCCUACGCUGCAAACGGGCUACCAGAUACAGCAUUCCUUUGGCGGUAGCUCGCUGCCUGCUCCCUCCUCGCUCUUCAGUCCACCCUCGUUAUUUGGCCAGCAGCCGCAGCAGUAUUCGGACUUUCAGAAGCCACUCGCCCAGGCGCUGAGCAAGCCCUUGCAUCAGCAGAACUAUAUACAGGAUAAUUUUCCACUGAAGUCGCACGCUAAGCCCAUACCCACUCAGGCUUCGCUACAGAGCGUAACGCCGCAAGUCUUCCCCGUAGAUCCGGAGCCGGAAAAUGUGUUUGGCCUGAACAAGCCAGCUGCGACCUCGGCUGCUGCCGGCGCUGGCAAUCAGCAGCAGCAGCAGGAAGUUCAGCUGCUCUAUGUGCCCUAUGAUACGCUCUACAAUCAACAGCAGCGUCAGCCGCAAAGCUCGCCGGGCCUCGGCUCGAGCAGCAACUUCGAGGUGAACAAGUUCAAUGUGAACGCCGGCCUGCCGGCUGUCAAUCCCUAUCAGAUCAAUCAGUUCUACACACAGGAUCCGAGCGUAGGCAGCGACUUCUUCAGCUCUGGCACCACAACACGACCAAGCACCACCACAACACAGCCGCAGCACAUCUUCCAGAACUUUGCCCAGCCGCAGGCACAGGUUCAGUCGCAGCCGCAGUUUACGACAGCUAAGCCGAAGCCAAAGGCCCAUCAGCCGCCGUUGGCCAUGUUUUUGCUGCGGCCCAAUGCACGACCCACUCAGUCGGAUGUGGUUGCUGCGCUGCGCAAUGCACGCGCUAUUUCGGUUAUCGAUGCGCCCACCAAGCAGACGCCGGAGAUUUUCGUUGGACCCGCCGGCAUGCCCAUACCCGAUGGCUAUGUCAAGUUCGAUCUGCCUUAUCUGUCGCAGCUGGCGCACAGUCGUGACCUCCAGGACGUGUCGUUCUUUGUGGCACCGCUGAGCUAUCGCACGCCCAAUGGCUUCAAUAAGAUUUUGCUGCCCGAGCCUCAUGUAGGUUCCAUUGUGAUCAAUCGCGCCAAGGAUAGCGCUGCCAUACAGGAGCUCGUCCAGGCUCAGCCCGUGCGCUCGCAGCGUCCAAGCAGCACGCGCAAUCCCUUCGAGAGCACCACACAACCACAGCGUGGCAUUGCCAGUCCAGCGCCGACGCGUGGCAACAAGUUCAGCUACUACUAUGUGCAGGACGGCAACCAGCAGCAGGAGGUGAACGCGCCGAAGCCGCCCAAGCAGGAGCGGCACAAGAAGAAGCGACCACAGCAUGUGGCCGUGGAGCAGCCCGUUUACCGUGCGCCAGCCAAGACACCGAAUCCCUUCGAUACACUGAAUCAAAUUGGCGGCGAUGAUUUCUUCCAUACACUCAGCACCAAGCCGAGCAGCACUUCAACCACUAGCUCCACUUCCACUUCCACGUCUACAACGACGUCCUCGACUACCUCCACGACGGCUACGCCACAAACUCUGUUCACCUACAGCUCAAGGCCGCAGGUGGAAUUCCCCAGCUCCAAUGGUCAACUGUAUCCACAAUUCGAGAGCGCACCACAGCUGCAGCCGGUGGUGCAGGAGCAGGUGCCACGGCUCACAACUCGCCCGCCCACAUCAACGACAGCAGAGGAGGAGCUGCGCAUGAAGCAAUACUUCCGUCAGCAGGAUGCGUUCCGUCAGCGGCCACAAACCACGAACCCACCCUUUGAGCAGUCCGUACAGUACACGCAAUCCUCGCUGGACUACGAGGCACCACAGCCCACAACGACGCAGCGGACCAAACAGCGCGUUAACAUCUAUACGCCAGCUGCAGUGCCAGUGACGACCUCCGAUGUGGGCUACAAUGUGGAUCCGCAGGCUCAGUCGCCGCAGAAUCAUCGUCCCAGCUACAAUCAGAACGAGGUCAACGUGGAGUACGAGCCGAAUCCGUAUCAUGUGCCGUCCGAGCUGCCACCGCUGACGCCUGAUAUACCCGGCUUGGUCAACAACUUGCAGGAGAAGGAUAAGCUGCCAGCGAACACAACGCCACUAAGCGAACCCGAGCCAGAGACACGUCCGACGCGUCGCCCGCUGUUGCGUACGCGCAAGCCGGCCAUUUCCAAGGUGGUGACCACCUCGUCGGUGUCCUAUUCCGAGUCGGAGAGCAAUGCCAAGCUGCCAACGCAUCGCAUCAGACGUCCCUACGGCAGUCGAGGCACUGCAGCGGACAAUGCUGGCGAGGAGCUGCCCAGCACAACACGUCGUCCAGCCACAUCGCGUAAUCCGCUGCUGCGCAAUCCCAAUCGCAUACGCUAUCAGCCCACCACAGAGGAGCGUCAAACACUGAAGACCAAGAAGAAGCACUACAAGGGCUCGAAGAACGGCAAGCCAAGCGAAGAUCAGGACUUGGACUAUCAGCGUGAUGUGCUCAAGCAGAAUUAUCCCGUAUUCAAGGCGCCUUCCCGUCGUCCCACCAGCCCCACAGCCAUACCCAGCUCCUAUGAUGUGGGCAAUACCGAAGGCCCCGCCUCGGAGACCCAGCAGGUGUACACGGUAACGCCCAGCAACAGCAUAGAUCAGGGCGAGCAGGGUGUCUAUGUGCCCAGCCUGCUGGAGCCCAUGCAAAUAGCGCAGCAUUAUAAUGAAUUCUCCAAGGAUAACUAUGGCCCUGGCUACUUUCCCAAUCAGGAAGACCUUAAUCCCACAGAAGCCAUUGUACGCAACGAGGUCAGUCCCAUCUACACAACUUUGGCCACAACAACGCCGUCAACGACCACAACAACAGCCACAACAACACGAACAACCACUGAGGCACCCGUGACAACAACAACACGUCGGUCGCCCUUCAUACGUCGCAAUUACCCGAGAGUACGCACCACAACAACAACUGAAGCCUCCGUGACCAGCACCACCCCAACCACCGAAGAGCGUCCAUCGCUGCGCUCUCGCCUGCCGCCGCGGCGUGUUGUUAAGGUGCGCCAACGUCAGCGUCGUCCCACACAUCCUGCCUCCUCUUCGACAGCUGCGCCCGAAGAGGAAGCGGAGCCCGUUACCCAGCGACAGAACCUGCGCAAGCUGAGCCGCUACAACCAGGAGCAGAGCGAGCAGAAAGCGCAGCCAACGCCGCACACGGCACGUCGUCGUUACAAGCAGCCCUUCCAGCUGGAGGGUCAAGAGUCGCAAUGGUCGCCCGCCUCGGAGACGGGCAACAGCAACACCAACACCAACAGCUUUAAGCCGCUCAAUCCCAAGUACGGCAGCAAGAGCGAAGCACACAACUUCGACAAUGAGCCAGAGAUUGUGACGGCGGGACCCACAGAUCAACCGGAAACCUACGAAUUUAACGUAGCUGCCAAUCUUGGUGGAUCUAGUGGUGCACAGCGCACCACCCCGCCGCUCAAGGAACCCAAUCUCAAGCCCGAGAAGUCCUUUGCGGAGCUGUUGGAGGAGGUCAUGGGCAAGGCGUCCGAGGAACUGGCCACCGAGACGCCCACAAGCAGCACCUUCGGACGCCUCAACAGGCGCGGCAAGUGGAAGAAGUCGCGCAUCGCAGGCGGCGCAGACAAUGGCGAGAACUUCGAGACAGCCGAAUCUCAGAAUCUGGGACCACAGCUGUAUAAUUCGCUAUAUGCGGGCAAAGAUCCAAAGGCGGAGCUGGAGCUGAAGGCAGCAAUAACAACCACAACGCCCAUGACAGCGGCUACCGAGGCACUAACCACCAGCAGCACGGCUGAGCUGGUGACCACCACAGCUGCGGCGCCCACAACGCCAGCGGAGUACGAAGUGACCACCAUCAAAACGCCGGAGGCAACAACCACAAUGGCCACAACGCUGGCGAUGAGCGAUGAGAGUGCCACGCGUCGCAUGGAUACGGCUGCGGAUGUGGACGAUCUGGACACACAGCCAAGCAUCUUCUCCGAGGUGCGACAACAGCUGCACGAUCUGUUUGCCAUCGACGAGAACGAGGAUCAGGCUGUCACUGCAGCGCUGGCAGCUGUUGGCAAGCGUCGUCAGGAUUACACAAGCAUCAGGCGCACGAAGCCCGUCGAGAGCGCCACGGUGGCGGCGACGGAGGCGCCCGCCGAUGUGUUGGCCAUCACAACGGUGGCAACGCCAUCUGGCGGCAAGGAGGACAACUUCCACAAGGAUCUGAUGCAGCAUGUCGUCUAUGCGACAUCCACAUCUACCAAAGUUACCUCCGAGACAGAGAUCUGUUAUCGCGGCCGUUGCAUACGCUCCGAAGAUUUGCCCGCCAAUCACAAGCUACACUGAGCGAAAUUGAAGCGCACAAAGCUUCGCAUGUAAAUACGAUAAGGCCAAGCGAUACGCGUUAGUUGAGGGCAGUACGAAUUCGGUCAUUCGGAAGCUCUGAAGCCUCACAUCCGCUUGCAAUUAGCUUUAAAUUACGAAUAUAUGUUUUUAUGAACUAAGCGCACUUAGACAGAUAUAUAUAUA